AGACUGCGCCAUGCAGGAAGCGCCAGCUGCGCUGCCCACGGAGCCAGGCCCCAGCCCGGUACCUGCCUUCCUCGGCAAGCUAUGGGCGCUGGUGGGCGACCCAGGCACAGACCACCUCAUCCGCUGGAGCCCGAGCGGGACCAGCUUCCUCGUAAGUGAUCAGAGCCGCUUCGCCAAGGAAGUACUGCCCCAGUAUUUCAAGCACAGCAACAUGGCGAGCUUCGUUCGCCAACUCAACAUGUGUGAGUCCCUCUGCCAGGCGGGGAGCGGGUUGGGGUUACUUGGUGCAGAAAAAAAAAAAAAAAAAUGGGAAAACACCAGUGUCGGUACUUCUGGCUCGGUUUUAUGUGACCCUGUCCUGGAUGAUGCCUCCUGCCUACAGGUACCUGCCCUGCGAGGUGAUGACAGCCGAUGGCGUCCUGAAGACCUGGGCCGACUGCUGGGAGAGGUGCAAGCUUUGAGGGGAGUACAAGAGAGCACCGAGGCACGGCUGCAGGAACUCAGGCAGCAGAAUGAGAUCUUGUGGCGAGAGGUGGUGACCUUGCGGCAGAGCCACAGCCAGCAGCACCGGGUCAUCGGCAAGCUAAUCCAGUGCCUGUUUGGGCCGCUUCAGACAGGUCCCAGCAGUACAGGAACCAAGAGAAAGCUGUCUCUGAUGCUAGACGAGGGGAGCUCAUGCCCAGCACCUGCCAGAUUCAAUGCCUGCCCCCUAUCUGGUGCCCUCUUCCAGGACCCCUACUUUAUCCAGUCGCCCCUUCCAGAGAGUACCUUGGGCCUCAGCCCUCACAGGGCCAGAGGGCCCAUCAUCUCUGACAUCCCAGAAGACGCUCCGUCUCCUGAAGGACACAGGCUUUCUCCCUCCCUUGGUGGCAGGAGGGUGAAGGGUCUGGCGCCGCUCAAAGAAGAGCCGGCCAGUCCAGGGGGGGAUGGCGAGGCCGGGCUGGCCCUGGCCCCAAACGAGUGUGACUUCUGCGUGACAGCGCCCCCACCGCUGCCUGUGGCUGUGGUGCAGGCCAUCCUGGAAGGGAAAGGGAGCUACAGCCCUGAGGGGCCCAGGAGUGUGCAACAACAGCCUGAACCAAGGGGCCCCAGGGAGGUACCUGACAGGGGGACUCUGGGCCUGGAGCGGGGUAACCGGAGCCCCGAGAGUUUGCUGCCCCCAAUGCUGUUUCGGCCUCCCCCUGAAACCGUGGAGUCCAUAGCACCCACGGAUGUGCUGGGCCCUAACCUGCAAGGACGAGAAUGGACCCUGAUGGACUUGGACAUGGACUUGUCUCUGAUGCAGCCCUUGGCUCAAGAGAGGGGUGAGGCUGAGCUGACAGUCAAGGAGCUGAAUUCUUCAGGUGUAGGGAAAGACCACACGCUGGGAACCCCACUCCUGCUGGACGUUCCCGCAGAUUUGGAGGGUACAGCCUUGUCCGUGCCUGGGGCUUUAACCCUUUACAAUACCCCUGAAAGCAGUGCCUCCUACUUAGACCCUGGAGCCAGUCCUUCCUCCCCCUGAAGCCCUCACCCCUCUGAAAAAGCCUGGCUAAGGAACCGGCACGCAGCACACACCCCCUUAGGCUUCCUGGCGUCCCCUGGGGGGAGGUGAACGAAGCCCCCGUUAUGCGCAGCCUCUCUCCACUACCCUAGCGAGUCCUGCAACAUAAACUGCAUUCCCCAAA